AAAAAAAAAAAAAAAAAAGUAGAAAAACUCCAGCAAAUUGUUUGGGACCACAGUAAUGCAAAUUUAAGAAAAAAAAAAAAGAAAAAAACAAAAACAAACAAACAAAGAGAAAAGUCAUGUUGGCUUCAACUUUCUAAUUCUAUUCAAGUAGAGAAGCGAGUUUUUUUUUUUUGAAUAAUGGAUUUCAAUGCGCCAUUGGAUACAAACAUCAAUACCGGUAAUAUAAGUACAGAUGAGUUUUUGGCAAUAUUCACUUCAACAUCAGCUCUACCGAGAGAAGCAGGUGGUGGACCAGGUGGCGGUGGUACUAGUGAAAAUGGCGGAAUUAAAGUCGCCAAUAUAACAAAAACGAAUGAUAGUCAUUUAACCAGCCUCGCAAAUUCCACACUCAAUCCGCCCUUACUUACGGUAGAUGGUCAAUACACAAUAACAAGUUUACUCGAUAAUUCAUUAACUGGUAUCGAUUCUACCGUAUCGAGUUCCUUGGCCGAUAUAAAUGAUACAUUUUUUUUGUUAUCAAGUAAUUUUUAUAAUACCAGUACAUCGUUCGCAUCGUCUGCCAUAAAUUUAACUUCCAGUUACGCGAAUUUUAACAAUCAAUCGUAUACAAAUUUAACGGGCAAUGUCACCGAAGUACGUUGGGAUGGACGCUAUCCAAGCGGUUAUACGUUAACGCAUAUUGUCGUCGCGUCCAUAAUUGUAACCAUAUUAAUGAUAAUCAUUAUUGUCGGUAAUAUGUUGGUGAUAAUUGCCAUUGCUACCGAAAAAUCAUUGAAAAAUAUUCAAAAUUGGUUUAUCGCUUCAUUAGCGGUAGCCGAUUUCUUUCUGGGCUUAGUUAUAAUGCCAUUCUCAUUGGCCAAUGAGCUGAUGGGCUAUUGGAUAUUUGGCAGUUGGUGGUGCGAUAUACACUCAGCAAUGGAUGUAUUAUUGUGCACGGCAUCGAUUAUGAAUUUAUGUUUAAUAUCAUUGGAUCGUUAUUGGAGUAUAACGAAAGCUGUAGAUUAUUUAAAAUCACGUACGCCAGCUCGAGCGGCUCUUAUGAUUGCAGCCGUUUGGAUAAUGUCCGCUUUAAUAUGCAUACCACCGCUAUUAGGUUGGAAAGUGAAAUUACCCGAAGGUCCGUUGCCCAAAUGUCAGUUAAGCGAGGAUAUCGGUUAUGUAUUAUACUCAGCAUUGGGUUCAUUUUACAUUCCCAGUUGUAUAAUGGUUUUUGUAUAUAUACGAAUUUAUUUUGCCGCUAAAGCGAGAGCGAGACGUGGCAUCAAGAAGCAUCCUCGUAAAUUAAACAACGAACAGGUUACCAGUUUUACUACCUGCGAUAAAAAAGGUACAAUACCAAUGCCAUCCUCUAGUGCGACCGCGUCGCAGCAACAGCGGCAGAUAGCCACCAUUGAAACACCACCGAAUAGUGCUGGCAUUACGGCCAUGCAAAUACCGACAGUUACCUGUGAUUUAGCAUCAGAUAUAUCAACAUCGGAGGCUGCCGAUAUUGAACCUCAUCCUCUGGUAUAUCCCCCCAAUAGCAGUUGCCUGACGCCACAUGCUGCGGGGACACAAUCGCCACCGAGUACAUCCAAUUGUAAAGAAAGUCUUAAAGUGAGUACGAUAACAACAGCUCAAGGAGGUUUAAGUGUUCCCGUACCGACUUUAAUGCAAGCUAAUAAUAGCAUGAAAAGUAAAUCAGCGGCUACGCUUAACAAUAAUAAUGGUAAAGUCACAAUAACCAGCGCCAGCUCCACCGCGACCAGUAAUUUAAUGGUCACCAAAAUCACAACGACCACCAGCAGCAGUUCACCCAAUGAGUUAAAGGUUUCCCCGAUAGUUGCCCGCUGCCGAGCAUUAUCGGUCGGCAUUGAUACUGAUUUGGUUAGCGAAUUUGAUCCUUCUAGUUCAGAUUCGGGAGUAGUAAGUCGGUGCGCAGUAGUUAAACCAUUGAAAUUUCGCUUUUGCCAACCGAUUUUUGGACGUAAAGCCAACAAUCGUCGCCAAAAUGAAGCCAAGUUAGCAGCAAAUGCUGUCAAAGAUCCCAAUAAACCUACCGCAGAAGUUAUAAAAGCUGAACUAGAACCUGCCAUACCUAAGGUACAAAAAUCGCGAGAUCCAGAAAAAGAGAAACGUCGUAUAGCUCGAAAGAAAGAGAAACGUGCCACACUCAUACUCGGUUUAAUAAUGGGCUCUUUUAUAGCGUCUUGGCUGCCAUUCUUUUUUCUAUAUAUAUUAAAGCCAGCUUGUCGCGAUCACUGUCAUAUACCCGAUUCAGCAUUUGCUAUCGCUUUUUGGCUCGGCUAUAUGAAUUCGGCUUUGAAUCCGGCCAUUUACACUAUAUUCAAUAAGGACUUUCGACGAGCAUUUCGUCGUAUACUCUUCAAGUGAUGUUUGGCUUAUGUGUGCUGUUAUCGGUGCGUUCAUGCCAGCAUUGAAAAGGCCACCGAACGUGCCAUGGGCAGCACACCCAUGGGUUACGGCAUGUACCACCACUAUCGACGAUAGAUUUGGUUAUUUGCUUCUAUUUAAGCGAAAAGAAGAAAAAUAUUCAUUCAUUGAAAAUCCAACGUUAAUUACCACAUAUGUGUCUUCAGUAAGUCAUUUUCCUACCUUUCGUAUGUACGGAGUAUAAAUUCAAAGAGAUGUAUAAUUCUGGGUUAUUUGCAUAAAAGCAAAUGUGUUUUUUAUUUUUUUUUUUUUUAUUUUAUUUUAUAAGAAUGACUACAAAUUUUCGGAUUAUAAGCACUAGACGAAGCUCAUUUUAAAAGCGUAAAAAAAGGCUGUGAAUUUAAAUUUAAAUUUUAUGGUUUCAUUCUUUCAAUUUG